CACUUUUUAACUCACACUUACUUUGUGCAGGGAACUAAGGUCCAGUCCUUGCUCCUCAGAGUCAAUACAGUCUGAUGGGGGUGGGGGGGGAGGGUAAGAGGUGUAAGCACCAGGUAAGAUCAAGACAGCUGUAUACCAAUAAAAUUGACCAAAGUACCAGGUGUGAUGAGAAGUUGCUUCUUUCUAGUAGAGAAGAUCAGCAAAGGCGUUGAUUGGGAGUUGUGGCUUUGAGCUAGGUUUUGAAGGAUGCGUAGGCAAAGAGAUGGAGAAAGAGACGAAUGAAGUGCAAAAAUGCUCCUUGGGCCAAGGUCUGAGUUACAUAAGCUGGCGACAAGACACACACACUGUUUGGGAAUUCGUUGAGUAUGGUUAGUAAGAUUCACCUAUCUUCUCCCUGGCCUCUGCAGCUGGACUGGAGGAAGCAGAUGGAGAGGAAACCUUGAUUUUACCCCAUGGUCAUCUGUUCUUCUUUACCUUCCUACUUGCCCUUACAGGAUGGUAAGAGGUGGAGAAGAAGACUAGGCAAGAGGACUGGGGGAGGGGGGUGUGGAUGAAAAGAACUGCAGUGUAGCACAGGGGGCUCUUUGCCAUACUUUUCUUCUUUCUUUUCGUUUUUCAGUGUUCCCUCCUUUUCCAAAGCUUGGCGGAGUCCAUCAUAGAAAAGAGCAAAGAAAAGGUGGGCAGGGGAUUUUCUGUAGCUGACCAUAUUCAGUCUAUCUAUAAUUAUAUGGGAUUAAAGAGCAUAGGGACUCCUGGGUGGCUCAGUCGGUUAAGUGUCUGACUUCGGCUCGGGUCAUGAUCUUGCCGCUCCUGGCUUCAAGCCCCGCAUUGGGCUCUGUGCUGACAGCUCAAAGCCUGGAGCCUGCUUCAGAUUCUGUAUCCCUCUCUCCCUCUGCCUCUCCUCCGCUCAUGCUCUGUCUGUCUCUCUCUCUCAAGAAUAAACAUUAAAUUUAAAAAAAAGUGUAGAUUGAGUAGUGUUUGCAGAAAAUAAAUAUGUCAUGCUGAACAUACAAAAAUAAUCUUGAUGGACCCUGGCUUUCGUUCUCUUAUGUCCUCAUUACAGACAUCAAGUAAAUUUUAUUUAGGACCUACAAGAUGCAUGGAAUUGUCUUACAACAUAGUAGAGAUUUAAAAAUCAUUUUUUGUAGAGAUGUAGGGGGAUUUAGGAACCCUCCCCUUCCCUGCCCCACACACUUUUUUUUCCUAGAAAAAUAAUACUUGCAGGAGCUAUCACAGCGUAGGAUCCUGAGUAGACAUCAAUCUUUUGCACUUCCGUGAAGACGUUGUCUUUCAGAAUGUGUGUGUGCAUUUAUUUUUUCCUUUUCCAUAGGUGAAAAGAGAAAACUAAACCUGAGUGACAGAACAGGCUUGAAAGAUAAUCAAACCUGGGGAGUAAUUUUUAAAGCUAACUUGUGAAGAAAUGAGCUUGCUAGAGAGGUUGCUCAAAGGAAACUGCUGUCACAUUUCAGGAUCAGAGUGACUAAUUUAGCUUCUACUUUAGAAUAGGUCUGUGUGUCUGUCUUUCUAUCUUCCUUCCUUCCCUCCUUUUCUCCUUCUCCUUCUUCCUCUUUCUCUUUUUCCUCCUCUGCUUCCUCUUCUGAAUCUCCUCCUCCUCCUCCUCCUGCUUUUUCUUCUUCCUCUGCCUUAAAGUAAACAUAUUUUAUAUUCUUGUAAAAUAUUCUCUGCCUUCUGAGAAAUAAUGUCAAGUUGAAAAUUGUAUUCUUCGGUAGUAUAGUCAGCUCUUUCACUAGAGGAUUGUUGUAGGAGUUUGGCAAUUGUACUCUGUAAGACAAAUUGCAGACUAUUAAUGAGUCCUUAUCAGGGAACAGUGAUAGUGCAUUUAUAUGCUUAUAUGGUGAAACCACUUCAUACUUACUGGUUUUUAAAAACUAAGGCUUACAUUUAAAUGGAGGGUUAAACAUGUUUCUGGAAAAUAUGCUUUGUCCCCUUUUAGAAAAUAUUUGCUGUAUAAAUUGAGAGUUUUCAUGCUCCAGACUCUGGGUGAGGUGGGAGUUAUGAAUGUUACUGAUGGCUGAGUUCAGUGACUACAUCUUUGAGGUUACGUAAGACUGAGCAAAGGAGGUAAAAAUCUGAGACACCAUCCUUAAUGAACUUUCACCUCAAAAGAUAAAUUGGAAGGAAUUUCCUGAUCGGUCAUUGGCAGCCCCCUGAGAAACUCAUGCGGAUUAUGUGGAGUUGUACUAUGUGAGUGUAAUCUCUCUUUUUCAGUUCUGCCCGUUGCUGCAAAACAGCAAGAGAAAGAAAUCAAGGAGCCACUCCUGUCAUUGACCAGAUAACCCCACUGGGGUCAAUAGACAGACGGAGUUCCCAGGGGGAAAAGCUGCCGACAUCAGAGGAUAAAACACUUUGGACAGCUUUUACCUUAAUGCUGACCUGGAAGACUUUGACACCUGGUUACAAGGUAUUUUGGACGCCUUCACUAUUUGCCUUCUGUUUUCUAGUCAAACCUGAUUCAUGAAAUGGAACUGAAGCUGAAAAUUCAUCUACUUCUUUGUCUGUGAAUUGGAGACACGACUGGGAUGGUCUUAAGCGCAUACAACUAGACUCCAACUGCAGCUAUGAGUUCAGACGAGAAGGGCAUAUCCCCUGCUCAUAAAACAUCCACUCCAACCCACAGAAGUGCCUCUUCUUCAACACCCUCCCAUAGGGACAGUCGGCAGAGUAUCCACGUCUUGGAGAGGACUGCUUCCUCCAGCACCGAACCCUCUGUAAGUCGGCAGUUGCUAGAACCGGAGCCUGUCCCCCUCUCCAAGGAAGCUGACAGCUGGGAAAUUAUAGAAGGGCUGAAAAUAGGCCAAACCAAUGUCCAGAGACCAGACAAACAUGAAGGCUUUAUGCUGAAGAAAAGAAAAUGGCCUUUAAAAGGCUGGCACAAGCGUUUUUUUGUCCUGGAUAAUGGCAUGUUAAAGUAUUCCAAGGCACCACUCGAUAUUCAAAAGGGGAAGGUCCAUGGAAGCAUUGAUGUUGGACUCUCGGUCAUGUCAAUUAAAAAGAAAGCUCGGAGAAUAGACCUUGACACAGAAGAGCAUAUCUACCAUUUGAAGGUGAAAUCCCAGGACUGGUUUGAUGCAUGGGUCUCCAAAUUGCGCCAUCAUCGAUUGUAUCGGCAGAAUGAAAUUGUCAGAUCACCAAGAGAUGCUAGUUUUCACAUAUUUCCUUCAACCUCCACAGCUGAAUCCUCACCAGCUGCUAAUGUUUCUGUUGUGGAUGGAAAGGUGCAAGCAAACAGCUUUCCAUGGCAGUCCCCUUUACCGUGCAGCAACAGCCUCCCCGCUACCUGCACGACCGGCCAGAGCAAGGUGGCAGCCUGGUUACAGGACUCGGAAGAAAUGGACAGGUGUGCAGAAGACCUUGCACACUGCCAGUCAAACCUUGUGGAACUUAGCAAACUCCUGCAAAAUUUGGAAAUACUUCAGAGAACCCAGUCAGCACCUAACUUUACUGACAUGCAGGCUAACUGUGUAGAUAUUUCAAAGAAAGACAAGCGGGUCACAAGACGAUGGAGAACAAAAAGUGUCAGCAAAGAUACAAAAAUACAACUGCAGGUCCCUUUCAGUGCUACCAUGUCGCCAGUUCGCUUGCAUUCCUCCAACCCCAACCUGUGUGCAGAUAUCGAGUUUCAGACUCCCCCUAGUCACCUCACAGACCCUCUGGAAAGCUCAACGGAUUAUACAAAGCUUCAAGAAGAAUUUUGUCUAAUUGCACAGAAAGUGCAUUCUCUUUUGAAGUCUGCAUUUAAUAGCAUAGCUAUAGAGAAGGAGAAGCUUAAGCAAAUAGUUUCAGAACAGGAUCAUAAUAAAGGCCACAGCACGCAAGUGGCACGGCUCCGGCAGUCACUGUCUCAGGCACUCAACCAGAAUGCUGAACUAAGAAGUCGGUUGAACAGAAUACAUUCAGAAUCUAUUAUUUGUGAUCAGGUUGUCAGUGUAAAUAUUAUUCCUAGCCCUGAUGAGGCUGGUGAACAAAUCCAUGUCAGUCUCCCCCUGUCACAGCAGGUAGCCAACGAAAGCCGCCUGUCCAUGUCAGAGUCUGUCUCCGAGUUCUUUGAUGCCCAGGAGGUGCUGCUCUCUGCAAGUUCGUCAGAGAAUGAGGCUUCAGAUGAUGAGUCUUACAUCAGUGAUGUGAGUGAUAAUAUAUCUGAAGACAACACCAGUGUUGCAGACAACAUUUCUCGGCAAAUCUUGAAUGGGGAGCUUACAGGAGGGGCCUUCCGAAAUGGACGUCGAACAUGCCUGCCAGCUCCCUGUCCUGACACCAGUAACAUUAACCUGUGGAAUAUCUUGAGGAACAACAUUGGUAAAGACUUGUCUAAAGUCUCCAUGCCUGUGGAGCUGAAUGAGCCACUCAACACGCUGCAGCAUCUCUGUGAGGAGAUCGAAUACAGUGAGCUUCUGGACAAGGCUUCAGAAACUGAUGACCCCUAUGAGCGCAUGGUUCUUAUUGCUGCAUUUGCAGUUUCAGGAUAUUGCUCCACCUAUUUCAGAGCAGGAAGUAAGCCAUUCAACCCUGUCCUCGGGGAGACUUACGAAUGCAUUAGAGAGGACAAGGGAUUCCGAUUUUUCUCAGAACAGGUUAGCCACCAUCCACCCAUUUCUGCCUGUCACUGUGAAUCCAAGAAUUUUGUGUUUUGGCAAGAUAUCAGAUGGAAAAACAAGUUCUGGGGGAAGUCGAUGGAAAUCCUGCCUGUUGGAACACUGAAUGUCAUGCUUCCCAGGUAUGGAGAUUGCUAUGUAUGGAAUAAAGUCACCACAUGUAUACAUAAUAUUCUCAGUGGGAGGAGGUGGAUAGAGCAUUAUGGAGAAGUAACCAUUAGAAAUACCAAAAGCAGUGUUUGCAUUUGCAAACUCACAUUUGUUAAGGUGAAUUAUUGGAAUUCUAAUGUGAAUGAAGUCCAGGGGGUUGUAAUGGAUCAGGAGGGGAAGGUGGUGCACCGGCUAUUUGGGAAGUGGCAUGAAGGGCUCUUCUGUGGCGUGGCCCCUUCUGCCAAGUGCAUCUGGAGACCAGGUUCCAUGCCAACCAACUAUGAACUCUACUAUGGUUUCACAAGGUUUGCUAUUGAGCUCAAUGAGUUAGAUCCUGUGCUGAAAGAUCUCCUUCCACCAACAGACGCCCGAUUCCGGCCAGAUCAGAGGUUUUUGGAAGAAGGAAAUUUAGAAGCUGCGGCAGCAGAGAAGCAAAGAGUAGAGGAGCUGCAGAGAUCACGCAGGCGCUACAUGGAAGAAAACAACCUUGAACAUAUACCAAAAUUUUUUAAAAAAGUUAUUGAUGCCAAUCAAAGAGAAGCCUGGGUUUCUAAUGAUACCUACUGGGAGCUGCGAAAGGACCCUGGGUUUAGCAAAGUAGACAGUCCUGUUCUUUGGUAAACUGGGAAUGUAGAGCUAGCCAACAUAUCACGCUCUGAAUGAAUAAAUAACUAUGCACAAUUAUGUUUCCUAGAGCUCCGCGUGGUUUCUGGGUCGACUGAAAACCGACCAUUUGCUUUUCUAUUCAUCUUUAUAAUGGACUUUCAGAAGUGCAUUAGACAAGGCCCCUAACCACUUUUGGAUCCUUUCUGUUUUGCUGCAACCAUAUCCCUUAAAAAACAUCCACGCCCUCCUUGAAAAGCAGAAAAAAAGGAGCAGAAUAUAAAAUCCAAAGUCUGAAGUGUCUGUGAAGAAAACAAACUGUAACUGGUGCUUAAAGCUGAUCCAGAGAGUUAAAAGCAACAUGACGUCUAAACCACACGUUUGGUCCUUUGUCUGGAAGCACCAUCCUGUCCUCAGAGAAGCUCCUGGGCCAUGGCAGCUGGUCAGCUCAGACUUCGAGUGUGUCUAUUUGAUGUGGUGUACUUGUGCUGACCUUGUCAAAAAAGAUGUGAUACUUCUCAGAACCUGUUCCAUCUGUACGCCAUUGUUCAUGCCUUAAGAAAUGCAAAGAUGUACAAUAAAUCAUUUUUUAAAUGUGUGCUCCUAGGUUUAUGUGAAGGACAGCUCUUUUGAAUCAUGGCAUGAUUCACUUUCUGGGAUCAGAACAAUUAGGAGACUAACACAUGGAUUUUUGCAAAGUAAACGACACAUGCUUUACUUUGAUCUGUCGGCUACUGUAUCAUAUAUCCGAAGGGCAAGAAGGAAAAGGUGUGCUCAGUAGAUCUCUGUAUUCACAUUGCUCGUCAAGUUCCUGUCCUGCCACCCGAUAAUAAACCCUCUUCGACCUAA